AUGAUUCUGAGCUACCACAAUGCAUUGGGACAUACAGUUAGGUUCAUAGCUGAAAUUUCGCUCCUAAAAAGCUUUUUUCCAAGUGGUACUGAAAUCACAUAUGAGUGCAUAAUUGGAUAUGAUAAAGUAAGUGGCACUGGGAUUAUUAAAUGUGUUGAUGGGAAGUGGACCGAGCCAGAUAUCAUCUGUAGGAAGAAAGACUGUGGUCUCCCAGAAGCAAAACCGCACAUGUUAUUCAAUACCAGCCAGGGUACUCUGUUUGGUGCAAUGGUUAAAGUAACCUGUGAAGAAGGGUACCAGAUCAUUGGAUCAAGCUACAAACAUUGCUUGGACAUAGGAUGGUUUGGAACGGCAGACUGUGUCAUUGUUACUUGUCCCAAACCGACCAAAGUGGAAAAUGGCAAAAAUUCUUGGAAUAGUGACAAUAAACCAGAAUACCAACAAACAAUAAAUUUCACAUGUAACACAGGAUACACCUUGUUUGGGAAUGAAACCAUAAGGUGUACUAAAACUGGGGAAUAUGACCUUCAGCUACCACGGUGCAUUGAGAAAGACUGUGGUCUCCCAGAAGCAGAACCGCACAUGUUAUUCGAUACCAGCCAGGGUACUCUGUUUGGUGCAAUGGUUAAAGUAACCUGUGAAGAAGGUUACUGGGUCAAUGGAUCGAACUACAAACAUUGCUUGGACACAGGAUGGUUUGGAAUCGUAGACUGUGUCCCUCAUACUUGUCCGAAACCGACCAAAGUGGAAAAUGGCGAACAUACUUGGAAUAGUGAUGAUAAACCAGAAUAUCAACAAACAAUAAAUUUCACAUGUAACGCAGGAUACACUAUGGUUGGGAUUGAAACUAUUAGGUGUACUGAAACUGCUAAAUAUGAUUAUGAGCCACCACAAUGCAUCGCUACUUGCCCCAUACCUAAAGGUGUAGAGAACAUGGUUCUCACUGAUGAAUUCCUCCUAAAAAAGGAUUUCCUAGAUGGUGCCAAUGUCACAUAUGAGUGCGGCAAGGGAUUUGUAAAAGAAAGUGGCUCUGAGAUCAUAACCUGCAUUGAUGGGAAUUGGACUAAGCCAGAUCUAAUCUGCAAGAGCCAUAGUAUAGAGACUAUAAAUGAAGGAAAUGCACCUUUUUUUAGCAGAUUGGCGAUAAUUAUUACAGUUUGCUGUGUAGUUGGAUUUAUUUUAAACAUCUUUCUUGUGAGGAGACAAUGCUCAGAUGACACUGGAGAAGAGCUGACGCCGGAGUUAUUACAGUUCCAAAAUCUUUAAGUGUUCUUCUUCAUUCAGUUGGAACUGGAUCCAGCUGUUGGGACAUCUACUACAGAUGAAGGACUGCCAAACUCUGAGCGCCUUACCAAGCCUUGGAUAAAGCAAGCAGACUCCCUUUUAUCAUCUUAUAUUUUUUUAACUUUUAAAAGAAGAAAACCAAACGUCAUGAAGGGUGUUGUAUUGUGUCAAAGCUUAAUUUUUAGAGGCACUUUUUAAAAAUAUUUUUUUGGCUCUCUAGACCUUUAUUUGAGAGUGGCUAAAAAGGAAAGUAAAUCAUGAGAGAAGGGGAAGUUGUGACAAAGAUCAUCAGGUCGGGAUUCGAACCUGUGAUGUCUGCAUCGCAGACUAAGGCCUCCAUGCGGGGGUUGUGCUUUAUUCCUUUGCCACCACAGCAGCCUUAGAGGCCGUUUUUAUACAGUAAUUAUUUUUACCAAAUUAGUAAAAAUUUGAAAAUACUUCUCUUUUGUUUCUACUAAUUAUGUUGUAAACCAUUUUUUCUAUUUAUAUUAGAAAUUCUUCUAGUUAUUUAAAAAAAGCACAUAGCUUAGAGUUCUUGAUGAAUAUUAAGCCUGUGAAUUUCUGGGUUUUUCUGUUUUGUGAUGUUUUAUCAGGACAGACACAUAAUCCAUGUUGCUCAGGAACGACACAAUGGGGUUAAUUCAGUUUACAGACUGCAUUGGUGGCUGGUGAAAAUUCUUUCUUUUCAUGAACGUUUACUGUCGGAUUUUUGUCUACUAUGCAGGACAAUAACAAACCAUUUUAUUGAGAAAGAUUUCAAAUCAUCUUUAAAAUGAAACAUUUUCAGAUAAAAUAGAAACAAAAUCUUCUAUUUCUGACAAUAGAAGAAUGAGUGUAAAAUAUAUUUUAGUAUUCAUAUGUAAAUAUAUACAUGUUUAUGAAACACUAAGUCCCUUUUAAUAUUAAAGGGACUUAGUGUAACAAUAAAAUGUUAAAUUAAUGGGAGUUUAAUAGUCUUAUGGCAUGAGGGAUGAAGCUGUUGUGGAAUCUGGCUACUGGAUAAAAACAAUAGAAGUCUAUGUUGAGCUACAGUAUUUAUUCCAUGUUAAAAGUUUGAAGUGUUUUACUUUUUAGGAAAAACUGAGCAAAUGUAAUUACUACCAGAACAGAACAGAGUCAAUGUAUAUCUUUGUGAAGGUGUGGACCAGAAGAUUGGAAAUUUCCUUAACAAAAAGGAAUGAUACUUCAUUAUGUCCUGUACUAUGUGUAAGAGGUCGCAUUUAUAGUUUUUGGAACCUUGAAUGAAUUUUUGUCUUUUUUCCCUAGUCUAUUGGUUUCUGACUUUUUUGAGCUUUACAUCAUGUUACAAUGGCAUUCCGUCAUCAAACAUGUACCUGGUUCGUUGACCUGAUUUGUUCAUGCAUGUUUAAGAAAUCCUUAAAUCUCCCACGGCAACCAUUCAGCUUUGCAAAACGCCUGGGGAACCGAGGCACAGCUCCUCCUCUUUUCGAGGUGUAGCUCCUCCUCUGAUGUGCAGUUUCCAACCUAUCGAGCUUCCGCCUCACAGAGCACCCCCGUGACUCCUCAAGUCGGCUCCUUCAGAUUAGCAGCAAUUAGCAAACGCCUGAUGGAACUGCACACCUGCUGGGCUCAUUAUGCAAGCUACUUCUCAUUUCAACACUGUUGAAAACGCUAUGGGGUUAAAACAGGAGCAAUGUUGUGAUGACUUCCUGAAGACGGAGUACCAGGAAGAGCAUGAGUUUUCAAAGAGACAGAAGCGCAAUUUCAAGGCGUUGAAUUAGGAAGACAAAAAAUUCACAAUGCAACCUGAAGUAACUGAAUUCCGAUUUUUUGUGAAAUCAGAAUAUUUUUUUUGGCAUAGUUGUUUACACUUCCAAAUAUGUGACUUGUAUGUGAUCCCCAGUGUGAACUGCAAAUAACCUGAAAUUGUCCCGCAUGCGCAGUAGAGGGCGCAAUAACAUCACAGAUAGAGCCUACUCAGUGUUUUGCCCAUGGUUUUGUCAACUGCCAUAAAAAGAAGUCCUCAGUUUUUGCGGAAACAGAAGUGGGUGCUGAUGGAGCAUAUCUUGCGAUUUUGAAGAUUGCUGUCUGACCCGAGCCAGCUCAUUAACAACUUUAUCCUCAUUAUAGUCCUUCAUGUUUGUUGCUUUUCUUCCCGCUUGCGUGUAUCAGGACACAGAAUAGUGACAUUUGUUGAUUAUCAAUGGUGUUCAGAUUGGAUGAAUGCAACCUGGCUGUUUAGGACUCAGGUCACAUUUAAAAGGGUAGACAUAGACAGACGUUAUUGUCAUUCAAUUGUACAUUUAAAAAUGUACAUGUUGAACAAAUUUUUGUUGGAAGGCUCCAAUAAUAAUAAUAAUAAUAAUAAAUCAUAAACAAUAAUAAAAUAAAUAAUAAUAAAAAAGUAUCAAUGUAAAUAUAUACAUAAAACAUUGAAUUAAAGUGAGUUUAGUAUGGCAUGACGGAUGAAGCUGUUGUGGAAUCUGGUUGUUCUGCAUUUGAAGCUGUUGAACCUUUUCCCAGAGGGCAGCAGGCAGAACAUGGUGAGGGUUUGUUCUCCCUGCUGCCACCCUUACAGCAACGUGGCAGCAGGCUGUGAGCCCUGGCGGGUUUGAGCCUCUGGUUGCAAAGUCCAUGUGCUAAUGGAAAUGAAGGAGAACCGUCUUCAUAUUGUACACGAACAAGUACCAUAGAAUUUCACAAAAAUCCGUGAGGGACGGCGGAGUCCCUGCUCGAAAUUCUGUGAAAGAGGUGUACGGAGCCCCGUGCAGGAAGAAAAACGGCGAGUGAC